CCUCCAAUUUUGCCACGGAUCGAUCGCUGUGAAGGGGACUAUCAAACCAUAACUAAUAUAAGCUGCUGUAUCUUCACAAGAUCACCAUUUGAGAUGAGCGUUAAUUCCGGAAGCAUGUUGCGUUCAGCAACCUCAGACGAUGAAACUUCCACAGAAAAAGAUCCUAACAACAGCGUGGUACUGAUCGAUAAGCUCCGACAUCCAGCUCUGCUUUGGAUCGUAUUCGUGUUCUUUCUACUUGUCGUUUGGGGCGUCUCGUUAUUACAGGCCGUGUUCUUCUUAAUCACUUAUAAAGAAGAAGAUAAACCAAAUAUAAGUAACCAGACUCACUUACCACAAUACCCUUGCAACAAGCCACUGAAAAUGAAUCAUGCAAAUAAUAGGUGUGCCUUGCCUUGUGAAUGGGUGUCUUUUACCAAAAGUCAAGAUACUGCACAAACUAUAGUUGAUAACAUCUCAUUGACGAUAAGCCUGCUUGGAUUUUUGUUCAUCCUUCUAACAUGGAUAUCUAUUAAACGAUUGCGUGUCUUUCCUCAUAUUAUUCCACUCUACAUCCAAGGGACUUCCUCUUGUAUUUCACUGCUCAUCGUCAUCAGCAAUGCCAUGGGCAGAAAGGAAUCUUUCUGUUCCCAUGAGUUUUUCACAGAGGCAUCAAAAAGCCCAACAAAUUUCUGUGUGGCUCAAGGGUUACUGAUUCAGUACUUUUCCAAUGUGACGGCAAUGUGGUUUAUAGUCUACAGUAUCUGUCUUCUUCAGAUGAUAUGCUCAAACAACUCCUUUCAUCGUAAUCGCUCAACCAGAAUACCACACCUUAUCAGUGCUGCAUGCUGCUGCCUGUUACCAUGGAUACUGGUCGGCAUAGUCUUCAAAGAAGGAGGUUAUGGAACAGUAUUAAACAUGCGCCUAUGUCUACCCAAGAGUGAAAAUCUGACUUACUACACGAAUGCCAUGAUCACUGAGAUAGGUCAAGCUGUUGCUUGUAGCUGUCUAUUGUUCGUUGUCUUCAAAUUAUACAGCAUAAGGAACUUGGAACUUCUACAAGGAGACCAAGCGAAGAGAAGAAAAAGUCGGUUGGAUAAAGUAGCCAUUCGUCUAGUUUGUCUAAUGUUUGCAUACGCUGUCAUUACCGCACUAGUUUAUAUUCCCAUGUGCAUCCAACAACGCAACAAACCUUAUUUGAAGAAAUAUUUGAAAGAGUAUUUUGGUUGUUUGUUGUUUGCUCCAUCUAGCGCUCAUUGCUCGAAAGAAAAAUAUCAAAGUGUUGCCUACGCCAACACGUUCAUCAUCUCUUACCUUAGUUCUGCCUUGUUUACUAUCUCAACCAUUUCAUUCCUGGCAUUCAACAAGCAGUCACGUCGGCUGUGGUUUUUUUGGUGGCAACGGUUGGUCGAUUGUUGCUGUCUUCCUGAAGAAACAAACAGCGCCGACCUCUAGCAUCCCAAGACUUCUAAAGCAGCAUCUCCGCUUAUGAUCGCACCAAGACCAUGGUUUUCUUUAACCACGAAAUAAACCGCUAGAAAAAACGCUUAACUACCGAUCUAGAUGCAUAGUUAUGAGAAUAAAGACUAAAGAAUUGGCCGCCAUGUUGGAUGGCAGUGGGAAAAUAACCAACAUGGUGGUUUUUAUAUUUCAUGGAUUUCAAUAAAAUAAAAUAAAAACAGGCAUUUCUCUUAAUCAGGAGAAAUAGUCAGAACAGCAACAGCCUAUAAACUUAUGAUUUUUAUAGCAGCUUUUAAAUCAAUAGUUUCAGCUAAUGGUAGACGACAUCUAAAUUGGAAACUUAGUUCUAAGUCUAUAAACCAUAAGUCUGCAAAUCAUUUUAGGAUGAUAUUGAUAGGUUUUAUUUCGACCAUGCUAUAGAUACAAGGAUCGAUUCAAUCAAAGAAUUAGAACUCAAAUGGCAGGGUCUAUCUGCCUUUGCAUUUUUAAUAGAAUAAGAGGACAAAAGAGUUAGGUUGGUGCGCGUCACGUUGGUUGGCAUUAACAAAAGAAGCCAAAACUAAGGAUAUGACAUGCAUCCAAAGAAUAGUGAAUUUUAGUCCUAAACUUGAGAGAAGCUUAAAGCUAAAGUUUUAUAAUCUGUAGGAUACAAUUCUACCAUAAAACUUACCUUAGAGGUUAACUUAUCGCGCCUUUUAGCAAUUUAAAUACAAUGUCAAAUCUUGGGAUCAAAAUAAAAUAAACGACACAAUUGCUAAUUAAA